AACUGGGUUAGAUUGGUAGCCUUUUUACUAGACAGCUGUAUACUAGUAUCAGCCUUAAAUAACUGUACUAUUAAGCUCUGGAAUACAGCUAUAGGUGUUAAGCAGUAUAUACUAAUCAGCUACUCUAACUGGGUCUGGUUAAUGGUUUUCUCACCAGACGGCCGCUUAGUC